AUGAAGCUGAAGAAGGUGGAGAGGCUGUGCAGGGAGUUGGACCAGCUGGUGGUUGACGCUGCCAAAGAGAAGAGGGACAUGGAACAGAAGCACUCCACCAUCCAACAAAAGGCUGCUAUCCAGGAUUUCUCACACGAUGACACCAAGCUGGAAUACAACGUGGACGCGGACAACGGCAUCGCCAUGGAGGGCUAUUUAUUUAAGAGGGCCAGUAACGCUUUCAAGACUUGGAACAGACGUUGGUUCUCCAUCCAAAACAAUCAGCUAGUUUACCAGAAGAAAUUUAAGGACAACCCGACAGUAGUGGUGGAAGACCUGCGCCUAUGUACAGUCAAACACUGUGAGGACAUCGAGCGGCGAUUCUGCUUCGAGGUCGUCUCACCCACCAAGAGCUGCAUGAUGCAGGCCGACUCGGAGAAGCUGCGACAGGCCUGGAUAAAGGCUGUCCAGAACAGCAUCGCCACGGCCUUCCGUGACAAGGGAGAUGACGGCGAGAAGGUCCUGGCCAUCCCGGGCAAUGCCUGCUGCUGUGACUGUGGUCAGCCGGAUCCCCGCUGGGCCAGCAUCAACCUGGGCAUCACCCUCUGUAUACAGUGCUCCGGCAUACACAGGAGCCUGGGAGUGCAUUUCUCUAAAGUUCGGUCUUUGACUUUGGACACCUGGGAGCCAGAGCUACUGAAGUUGAUGUGUGAACUGGGGAACGGAGUGAUUAACGAGAUUUAUGAAGCACGACGAGAGGACCUGGGAGCCAGGAAACCACAGCCAGGGGACCCCAGACACGAGGUGGAGGCCUACAUCAGAGCCAAAUACGUGGACCGCCGGUUCGUCCGUCGGCCGUCGGAUGAGGAGCUUCGAAAUAAAGUGGUUUCUCUGAGCAAACAGGAGAAGAGACUGAGCAGCAGCUCUGAGCAUCUGCCUCCCAAACCCCCACCACCCACUCCAAAACUACGCCCCGGCUCUAAUGUCUCCGGGCAAUCAGCUUCUGCCGGCGGCGCGGAGGCCCGCCGCGACUCGCUCUUCUGUCCCGACGAGCUUGACUCGCUCUUCUCCUACUUUGACACCUCCUACAAGCUGAGGAGCAUGAAAAGCGCAGACAGCGGCAUCCAGAACAGCGCUGACGGGAGCAGGGAGAUGCUGGCCAACGCCCCCUCCAAUAACAGCCUGGCAGAUGCAGAAGCUGCUGAGCCCCCAGCCAUGCCCACCAAGCUGGCCCCCCCGUCGCCAUGCAAGGAGAUGGUUUUCUACGAGCCCAAGGAGUACAGCCCGGGCCUCCAGCUGUACUGGGCCUCCUGCGCCCGCAGCCUGCCGGACAUGGCCGAGGCGCUGGCCCACGGAGCCGAGGUCAACUGGGUCAACACGGAGGAGGAGAAACGGACGCCGCUGAUAAUGGCGGUGCACGGGGGCUCGCUGGUCACCUGUGAGUUCCUGCUCCAAAACGCGGCAAACGUGAACCAGCAGGACGCUCAGGGUCGAGGACCGCUGCACCACGCCACCAUGCUGGGACACACGGGGCAAGUUUGUUUAUUCUUGAAACGAGGAGCCAAUCAGAACGCCGCCGACAUCGAUGAGAAAACUCCCCUGAGCAUAGCAGUGGAGGCGGCUAAUGCGGACAUCGUCACUCUACUGCGACUGGCCAAGAUGAACGAGGAGAUGCGGGAGGCGGAGGGGCCCUACAGCCAGUCAGGUCAAUAUAACUCCAACAGCCCCACCGAGAUGCAGUACAGGAAGUGCAUGCAGGAGUUCAUUAGCCUGCAGCUGGACGAGUCCGAGUAGAGCCGCCACGCUGAGGCGGUCAGAGUUGGGUUUGGGUUCAGCUAACGGCGCAGACCUCCGGGGGCCCCCCCCCCCCCCCCCCCCAUUGAGCCGAUCCCAACUCUGUCUGGGGGCGUCUGGAGCCGCACCAGCUCUGCACCCGAUGCGGGGGGGGCGUCGGGUGCUGUAACGGGGUUAAAGCCAUCAGAUCUGGACUUCGCCGAGGGGUUCCAGCUUUUCCUUGAAGUGACUGUUACUCAGAUUAGCACAAAACCGGAGGAGCCCGCGUCGCCUUCCACGAGCUGGUCUUUCCUUUUCGCUCAUCUUUCGCGUCCCGUGUACAACUUUCUGGUUUUAGAUGGUGUUCGGUUAUUUAUAGCAGCUAUUUAAAACUGUGUUGUUGUUUUUUUUAAACUAAAAUAGUUGUUUUAAUAAGUAUCUAACAGUCACAAUAUCUUUGCAAAAAAACAAAAAAAAAACACUAACUGCCACCAGUUCUCAGUGACUCUCGGACCUCAAAGGGACGGCAGUUUGAACCAGUUACUGGCAAUAAUCAAGACUCCUGAAUGGUAUUUUCUAUGGUCCGAUCAGCUUCGUUCCUCAGUUGACAUGUCAGAAAUGAUUUAUGCACAUUCCUGUUCAUGGUUAUGCAACUGCUGUACCCUUCUCCUGUUUAGUCUUAACGAGGCCUGUUUACUUGUUUGUUUGUUGUCCAAACACGACGCAUCCAGCUGUUUUUUACAUGUCUGAUCAGAAGAAGGAAAAAAAUAAUCUAUUUUAGAGCGGUUUUCUUUUUUAUAAAGGCAGACAUUCGUACUGUACAUGUUGUAAAUGGUACUACGUGCAGAGCCUGAGCUCAGAGGGAAGGAUGCUGUGUCUGGGUUUUAGUCAGUUGCGUGUGCUCGCUUGUGGCCCGUAAAAGCGGGAAAUCCAAAAUUGUACGACUGGAAGGACCUUUUCAGCGCCGUUUGCAUCAGUCGUCUGGAAUGUUUGUGGAUUCUUCUUUUCCCCCAAAUAUAGACAAACCCCGUAGCAGCGGUGCGUUAGGUGCAAUAGUCUAGAUGAGUCUCCACAGCUACCCGAGUAACACUAGUGCGGCUUCCGGGAUCUAUUUAGCUGAAUUGUGUAGGGGAUGUGCAAAAAAAAAGAAAAAAACAAGCUAGAUGUUCAAAAAGAACAUGAGACAAGAUGAGUUUGCGGACUGCGAACGAUGGGAACGGACCCCAGUUUCAUCCCUCAUCUGUUUUCAUGCUGCCCUGAAUUCUGAGAGAGGGCUUCAAAGCACUUUGAAUUAAUGGCAAUAGACGGACGAUCAGUUAGUAUGGCCGACAGGAGCGUGUGUGUGUGUGUGUUGGCUGGUGUAGACGUUACUGAUUGUGUCGUUCUGUGUGAAGAGGGUCUCUCUUUUUUUAGGAUUUGUGCGUUUACGGUGGCUGACCACCAGAGGGCGGACUGAGCUCGGAAAAGGAGCCGAGCAAGCCCCAUUUUUAGGGGGGGGGCAUCAGAGAAAUAAAGGGACAGAAGAGGGACACUCAGGUGGAGUGGACGUGGGGGGGGCUAACCCCUCCGAUUUAAAUGGGUCACCUGAAAGAAUGAAAAGCAGAUUGAGAUCGGGAACCGGAGGAUGAGGCUCUUCUUCCUCUGCAACAAGCUUUUCAUUGCUCUCUUUCUAUUUUUUUCCAUGUCAAAUUUCUCUGUUUUUGUAUUUGCUUUGCUCUUCUCUCUCUCCUCC